AUGAAUAUCAACGAACGAUCAUUAACAACACUAUCUACAAUGAGUGCUCAAGGAUCAGGUGGAACAUUAAAUCAUUCUGAUGAACAAGCUGAACCAUCUUCAACAUUCAGUAUUUUUGCACUUGAUUAUAAAAAACAUGAAGAUCUGAAACAAAUGUUAGAUGGUAAUAAAGAUAAUUUAAAAUUAGAAGCUAUGCGUCGAAUAAUUGGUAUGAUUGCAAAAGGUAAAGAUGCUGCUGAUCUCUUUCCAGCUGUUGUUAAAAAUGUUGUUUCAAAAAAUAUGGAAGUAAAAAAACUAGUUUAUGUUUAUUUAAUGCGUUAUGCUGAAGAACAACAAGAUCUUGCAUUACUUUCUAUAGCUACAUUUCAACGAGGAUUAAAAGAUCCAAAUCAAUUAAUUCGUGCAAGUGCCUUACGUGUAUUAUCAAGUAUAAGAGUUCCAACGAUUGUAACAAUUAUGAUGUUAGCUAUACGUGAGGCUGUUAGUGAUAUGUCACCUUAUGUUCGAAAAACAGCUGCUAAUGCAAUAGCAAAACUUUAUGCUUUGGAUCCUGAAUUAAAAGAUGAAUUGGUUUUAAUUAUAACGAAAUUACUUGCUGAUAAAACAAUUUUGGUUAAUGGUAGUGCUGUACAAGCAUUUGAACAUGUAUGUCCCGAACGAAUUGAUUUAAUACAUAAGAAUUAUCGACGUUUAUGUAAUCUUCUGGUUGAUAUUGAUGAAUGGGGACAAGUUACAGUCUUAAGUAUGUUAACAAGAUAUGCACGUUCGCAAUUCGUCGAUCCUAAUAAGACAUUUGAAGAUGAAAAGAAAGCUUUUUAUGAAGAUGAAACUGAAAAAAAUGAUGACGAAGACGAAGAAGAAGAUUCAUUAGAUAAAAAAACAUAUGUUAUGGACAGUGAUCAUCGAUUAUUAUUACGAUGUACCAAGCCAUUAUUACAAAGUCGAAAUUCAGCUGUUGUUAUGGCUGUUGCACAAUUAUAUUAUUAUGUUGCACCAAAAAGUGAGAUUCAAAUUGUAGCUAAAUCACUGAUUCGGUUACUUCGCCAUCAUCGUGAAAUUCAAACAAUUGUUCUUAAAUCAAUCGCAUCAAUAGCUGAUAAACAUAAACAAAUAUUUGAACCACAUUUAAAAUCAUUUUAUGUUCAUUCAAAUGAUAGUGGUCUUGUUAAACGUUAUAAACUUGAAAUUCUUACUAUAUUAGCGAAUGCUUCUAAUAUAUCAACAAUACUUCGCGAAUUUCAAACAUAUGUUUUAAGUCCUGAUAAAGAAUUUGGUGCACAAACUAUUCAUGCAAUAGGAAGGUGUGCCAGUACAAUAUCUGAUGUGACUGAAGCGUGUUUAAAUGGUCUUGUAGCAUUAAUGUCAAAAAAAGAUGAAACAAUCGUUGCAGAAAGUGUUGUUGUUGUUAAAAAAUUACUUCAAAUAAACCCAUCACAAUAUAGUGAAAUAAUCAAACAUAUUGUUCGAAUGGUAGAUAAAGUUACUGUUCCAACUGCACGUGCAUCAAUUUUAUGGCUUAUUGGUGAAUAUUCUGAUCGUAUUAGUAAAUUAGCACCAGAUGUAUUAAGAAAAAUGGCUAAAUCAUUUCCAGAUGAAGAGACAAUUGUUAAACAUCAAAUUCUUAAUUUAGCUGCUAAACUUUAUGUUGUUAAUGCUAAACAAACUCAUUUAUUAGUACAAUAUGUAUUUAAUUUAGCUAAAUAUGAUACAAAUUAUGAUACUCGAGAUAAAGCACGACUUCUUCGAGCUCUAUUAUUUCAACCUGACAAAUGUCCAGCAUUAAGUAAAAAUGCUAAAAAGAUUCUCUUAGCACCGAAACCAGCACCUAAUCUUGAAUCAGUCAUUCGAGAUCAUGAUCAGUAUACAUUAGGAACUUUAUCAUUUGUUAUUGGUCAAAAAGCAGCUGGUUAUAAAGAUUUACCAGAUUUUCCAUUGGAACCACCAGAUCAAAGUGUUCGUAAUGUUGAAGUUAUUGUUCCAUCAACACCACAACAUGAUUUAUCAAGAAAAUCAAGUGCCAUUGCAGGAAUGACAACUGGAGGAAAAAAGAAAAGUGGCACUGAUGAAAAAUUUUAUUCGGAUGAAGAAGAAGAAACAUCAACUGAAGGACCUGAUACAGAUGAUGAAGAAGAAGAGGAAGAAGAAGAAGAAGAAGAAGCAGAAGAGGAGGAGGAUGGUGAAGAAGAAGAAGAAGAAGAAGAGGACAACGACGACAAUGGUCAAGAAAAACAAAAACCAAUAGACAAGAAAAUUAAAACAAAUGAAUAUGAACAAUUAGAUGCUCGUCCUACAAAUAAUGUAGAACCAGAAGAAGAAGAAGAGGAAGAAAGUGAUGCCAGUAGUGAAGAAGAAGAAUCUGAAGAAGAAAGUGAAGAGGAAGAAUCAUCCGAAGAUGAAAAACCAAAAUCAAAACAUGUAUCAACUGUGGCUAAAUCAGCAUCUAAUAUAACUGUUAGCGAUUAUACUAUUCCUGCAAUAGAAAAAUCUCUUUUAGAAAUGGAUUUGGAAGCAUUUCUUGGUUCAACAUCAACAACUGUUCAGACAAUACCAUCAAAAACUACAAUAUUUGAUGAUUUAAAUGAUUUAGAAUCUUUAACUUUAACAUCAUCAGUUCGACAAUAUGAUUGUUUAAAUCGUAUUACUGGUCAAGGUUUACAAAUUCAAUAUCGUUUUCCACGUACAAAAUUUCAUCAAUCACCAAAAAUGGUUCACGUAGAAUUAAUAUUUACAAAUACAACAACAGAUAAAGACAUUCAAUCAAUUAAAUUUUUGAAAGCGAAAUCAAAUAUGAAUAUUCAAGGAUUUGAUGAAAUUGAUGUUUUACCAAGUGGUGGUACAAGUGUAGCAUCAAUUGGAAUUGAUUUUAAUGAUAAAACACAGCCAGCAUUAUUUGAUAUUUCAUUUAAUGACAAUUCUCUACCAACAUCAUUAUCGAUUUCAUGUCAUGUUGGAGAACUUUUUGAGCAAAAAUUUUUAAAUGAACAAGAAUUCAAUCAGAAUUUAGCUCGUCUUCGUGGUAUGAAUGAAAUUACUGAUAAAAUUACUAUUAAUGAAGUACAAAUGUCGAAAUUAAACUUUACUACAGUUCAAACAAAAAUAGUUCAAUGCGCAAAUGUUACUUCAGUUCCAUCGGGUUCAGGAGAUUCAACAAUAUUUAGAUUUUCCGGACAAACAAUCUCAAGUAAAUCUCUUAUACUUCUCACAAUUCAAUUAAAUACUCUUCAAUCAACAGUUAAUUUGACAAUCAAUUCUGAUCAAAUUGUUCUUGCAACAAUGCUACUUAAAGAAAUCAAACAAACAUUUCCAUAA